AUGAGUGAAAAUAUCCAAGUUGCGACCAAACAAAGACGCUACGCCCUGAUCGGCACGGGCCAUCGAGCAAGCCUUUUCUAUUCCGCCCUCGUAUCAAAGUUCAAGGAUACUGCGAACCUGGUCGCCUUCUGCGAUACAAAUCGCACUCGUCUCGAUUAUGCCAACUCUCGAAUCCAAAACCUAGGCCAAGAAGCUGUGCCGACAUACCUUGCCUCCGAAUUUGACCGUAUGAUUCAAGAAACAAAGCCAGACGAGAUCAUUGUCACAACCGUCGAUCGCACCCAUCACACCUACAUUGUCCGAGCGCUUGAGCUAGGCUGCAAUGUUGUGAGCGAAAAGCCAAUGACCAUCGACGCGCCGCGUUGCAAGGAGAUAUUCUCAGCUGUCGAGCGCACGGGACGUAACGUGCGUGUGACUUUUAAUUAUCGCUAUGCGCCGCACAAUACUAAGAUCCACGAGCUCCUCCGUUCCGGAGUUAUUGGAACACCCACGAGUGUGUAUUUCGAGUGGAUGCUGAAUACUUCGCAUGGGGCUGACUACUUCCGUCGCUGGCAUCGGGACAAGCGAAAUAGUGGUGGUCUGCUCGUUCAUAAGUCGACACAUCAUUUUGAUCUUGUAAACUUCUGGCUGCAGAGUCGGCCAGAUACAGUGUAUGCGCAAGGUGAUCUCCGUUUCUACGGAAAAGAGAACGCAGAGGCCAGAGGAGUCACUCAGUUUUACUCGAGGGCACACGGUAGCGAAGCAGCAAGAAAAGAUCCCUUUGCAUUGCACUUGGCCGACAAUCCAGGUCUCAAGGCAUUGUAUCUCGACGCUGAGCAAGAGGACGGGUACUAUCGUGACCAGAGCGUAUUUGGUGACGGUAUCAACAUUGAGGACACUUUGAGCGUCUUGGUGCGAUACCGAAGCGGUGCGACACUGACUUACUCCUUGACGGCCUAUGCGCCUUGGGAGGGUUUCCGGGUGAGCAUCAACGGUACUGAGGGGAGACUCGAAGCAGAGGUGGUAGAGAACAGCUAUGUGAGCGCUGGUGGGGAUCAGGCAGCUGAGGGAAGUCUGGAAAGUCGCACUGUGACGGUUCGGAGGAUGUUUGAAAAACCACAGGAAAUCAAGAUUCAGGACGGCGUGGGUGCACAUGGUGGUGGUGAUGAGGUCCUGUUGAGUGAUUUGUUUGCUGGGAAAACCAACAUUUACGACAGCAGAGCUGCCAGUCAUAUUGAUGGCGCUGCGUCGAUUUUGACUGGAAUUGCCGCGAAUCGGUCAAUUGCGACCGGACAAGUUGUGCGCUGUGAUGACAUUUUGCAAAUUCCAGAGUGA